ACGACGGUUUGUUGACCGACAACGAGGAGGAGGAGCCUCCCCCGGGCGAGCUGGAGAAGGUGGACCCGGCGGCCGCCGCGGCCUCGGCGGCCAAGCCCAAGCCCUCGGCCGCCAACCCGCCCAACGCCGAGGGCUCCAAACCCGGCGAGGCCCCCCAGAAACCCGACCCCCAGCCCCGCAAGGCCGCGGGGAAGCGCCAGGGCAAGUCGGGCCCCCGCGGCUUCAAGAAGUUCCCGCCGCGGAGCCUCCUGGGCCACGGGCGGUGCCACGACUGCGGCAAAGCUUUGGCCUUCGGCUCCGCCUUCCCCAAGCGCCGGCGCGGGACGGAGCGGCCCCACAAGUGCCCGGAGUGCGGGAAGUGCUUCCGGCUGAGCUCCACCCUCAUCACCCACCAGCGGCGCCACGCCGGCGACAAGCCCUACAAGUGCCCCGACUGCGGCAAGACCUUCAGCGUGGGCUCGGCCUUCAUCCAGCACCAGCGCGUCCACGCCGGCGCCGGCGCCGCGCCCUGCCAGUGCGGCGUCUGCGGCAAGAGCUUCCCGGCCAGCGCCGGGCUGGUGAAGCACCAGAAGCUGCACCUGGAGGAGAAGCCCUACAAAUGCGGCGACUGCGGCAAGGGCUUCAACUGGAACUCCCACCUGGAGCGGCACCGGCGCAUCCACACCGGCGAGAAGCCCUACGCCUGCCCCGAGUGCGGCAAGAGCUUCAGCUGGAGCUCCCACCUCGACCGGCACCGCCGCACCCACGCCGCCGCCCGCGGGGACCCCUCGUGCCGCUGCGCCGGCUGCGGCCACGGGCCGGAGCCGCCGGAGCGCGGGAAGGGCUCGGCGGCGGCCAAGCCGGCGGCCUCGGCCAAGCGCCGGCACGGCGCCGCCGCCGCCCCCGAAAAACCCCACAAGUGCGGGGAGUGCGGGAAGGGCUUCGGCGCCGACGCGGCGCCGGCCAAGCACCGGCAGAGCCACGCCGCCGGCGCCGCCGCCAAGCCCUACGAGUGCGGGGAGUGCGGGAAGAGCUUCGCCUGGAGCUCCCACCUCGACCGGCACCGGCGCAUCCACAUGGGCGAGAAGCCGUUCCGCUGCGGCGACUGCGGCAAGAGCUUCUCCCAGAGCUCCCACCUGGAGCGGCACCAGCGCGUCCACGCCGGCGCCGAGCCGCCGCGCCGGUGCUGCGACUGCGGGAAGAGCUUCCUGGCGGCGCCCGCCAAGCGCCGGCGGCUCUUGGGCGGCGGCGGCGGCGCCGAAAGGGCCUCCAAGUGCGGCGAGUGUGGGAAGAGCUUCCCGUGGGAGAGGAGCCACCACAAGUGCGGCGAGUGCGGGAAGAGCCUCCCGGCGCGGGCGGAGGGCGCGGUGAGGCACCAGGGCACCCAGACCGGCGAGAAGCCGUACGCCUGCCCCGAGUGCGGGAAGAGCUUCGGGCAGAACUCGGCGCUGGUGAAGCACCGGCGGAUGCACACGGGGGAGAAGCCCUACGAGUGCGGGGACUGCGGGAAGAGCUUCGGCGUCCGCUCCAACCUCAUCAAGCACCAGCGGACGCACCUGGGCGAGAAGCCCUACAAGUGCCCCGAGUGCGGCAAGGGCUUCAUCCAGAAGUCCGACCUCACCAAGCACCGGCGGAUGCACACCGGGGAGAAGCCCUACGAGUGCAACGUGUGCGGGAAGUGCUUCAGCGUCUCCUCCAACCUCAUCAAGCACCAGCGCAUCCACCUGGGCGAGAAGCCCUACCAGUGCUCCGAGUGCGGCAAGAGCUUCAUCCAGCGCUCCGAGCUCACCAUCCACCAGCGCGUGCACACCGGCGAGAAGCCCUACAAGUGCCCCGAGUGCGGCAAGUGCUUCAGCCGCAGCUCCCACCUCAACCGGCACCAGCGAACCCACGGCGGGGACAAGCCCAAGGCGGUGGCGGCCGCCGGUGGUACUGCCGUGGCCACCGAGGUGCCGCCGCCGCCGCCGGGCUCCGGGGGCUUCCCCGGCGCCGCCUUCCCGUCCCCGGUGGCCUCGCUGGGGUCGUUCCCGGCGUCGCCCUCGGCGCUGCCCGUGCCGGCGCUCUCCGGCCCGGCCCUGGAGCUGCCCUGGGCGCUCUCGUUCCCCGGCCGCGCCUUCGCCCACCCGUCGUUCGCCCCGGCCCCACCCGCGGGCGCCCAGACCCCCUCGCUCAUCAACUGAGGCUCCCGGUGCUCCCGGUGCUCCCGGUGCCCAACUGGGAUGGGUUGGACGCACAGACCCAACA